AUGAAGUCACGAAUUUUAUGGAAUGCUGCAAAUUUUGAGGUAUUUUUGGAAAACUUUUCGAUAUUAUGUUUUUUUUCUUUUUUUGGGGGAACCCCUCUCUCAAAUAUUUGCUUUUUGAACCUAAAAUCUUGUGAUCACAAAGAGAAAAAAUCUUUUUUUACGUUUUUGCUCGAUUUUUGAGCGAUUUGAAAUUUCUCUCAAAAAUUGCGUCAGCCAACAAAAUUUUUCGUCUCAAACCAAACCUACAGUAAUCUCUAUUGUUUGAAAAAAAACAUUUUUGAAAUUUUUUGUUUGUUUCAAAAUUGAAAGUUUUUGGUGUAACGGAAAUGAUGUAAUUUUUGGGAAGGGAAAAAGUUGAAAAUCGCUAUUUUUAGAAAAAUCUGGGAUUUUUUAUUUUUCAAGAAAAUGGAGACAGAAAAUAAAUCAAAAAGUUAUCAUUUGAUCAUUUUUCGGAGAGAUACUGUAGGUUUUUUUUGAUAACUAAUUGGUCUAGAAAAAAAUUGCGAGAUGAUAGAUUUUUCAUAUUGUCGUUCCGAAAAAAAAAGACCGUUGGAAGAGAACCGAAAUGGCCUAGGAAACCAAAAUACAGUAGACUUCGCAAAAUUUUGGAGUCUUUUUGAAAAAUAAAAUGCGAAAUUUACACGUUGGCUAUUUGCCAACCAGUUUGAUAUGCAUGUGUCACGUCAUUUUUAGUCUACUGUACGUGAGCGCCAAUUUAAACGGGGGUUCUUUUAUUUUCGGAAUGACAAUAGAAAAAUGAGAAGAAUUGAGAAUUUUUCUAGUGAAAAAAAUCCACGUGGCUUUAUUGGCACGUGGAUUUUUGGCUUCAGAAAUCCACGUGGCAUGAACAUUUGAAAACGCAAUUUUUCAAUUUCAACAAUUUUAGCUAAACUUUUGCCACGUGGAUUUCAGAAAUCAAAAAUUCUACUUGGCUUAAAUUUUUGAGAUUUGGGACUUUAAAAGUACAGACUUGAAAAAAAUAUUUUUUACAUUAAAUUUUUCCACGUGGAUUUUUUGCUCUAAAAUUUUAAAGCAAAUCUGAAAAUGUUUCCAAUCAGAAAAGUUCAGAAUUUUCUAUUUCCCCUGAAAUUUCCCCCACAUUUUCUCGUUAUCAAUUUUCCCCUGCAAAAAAUACCCUACAGUAGUCCAAAAAGUCUCAAAGUACCAAAAUCAGAAGCACGCCGUGACCAGGAAAACUUUUAUCAAUUUUUUAAUUUUAAUGACUCCCGUCUGUUUGGCAUCUGAUAUUUUCCAGGAAAUCAGAAAUUAGUUGAUCAAUAAUUUUUUAUUCAAAAAAAAAAUAAUAAAUUAAGAUGUUCCCACUCAUUUUUUGAACAAUAGACUUAGGCUUAAAAAUAAUCAGACGAUUUUUUGGAACAUCAAAAAAAUAUUCCCACGAUUUUUGAUAUUAUUUACAUACAUUUAUUUAUGUCUAGAGGCUUGUAUGUAAAUUUUCUUAUCGAAAAAGAGGCGAAAAGAAAAAUAAAUAAAAAAUUUUAUUGUUUUUAUUGGCAUGUUGGAAAGUGCAAUGAGGAGAACACCUGAUUUUUCUGAGAAAAUUUUUCAAAAAUUCAAAAAUUAAUAUUUAGAAGUUAGGAAAACAUGAAAAUAUUUUUUCCCUGAGAAUUUCUUGACCAAGAAAAGAUAUUUUUUUGAUUUAUAGUUAUACCUUUCUCUUUUCAUUUUCUUUUUUUUCAAAAAAAAAGGGAAGUUAAGAGAAAAUACUUUGAACUUAGGCUAAGUUAGGACAAUUCUAAAAAUAGGUUGACCUGUUUUUUGUUUUGGGUGACUUUGCUUGUACAGGUUUUGGAGUAUUUAAAAAUGAAAUUUUUCAAAAAUUGAGAGGUCAUGAAAGUUCUAGGCUUCAGAAUUUUUUUCCUAGAAUUAUCCUAGCCACGUGUAUUUUCAGAAGCUCUGAAAAUAGCUACACAACUUUCUGAAACUCAAAAAAUUCACUCUGAAAAUUUCUAGACUUCAGAAAUUUUUUUUCUAGAAAUAUCCGAGCCACGUGGAUUUUUACAAGCUCUGAAAAUAUUCCUAGACAUUUUUGAAAUUUUUUGAAAUCAUUUUUGAAAUUCAAUUUUUUCUCAAAAUGGCUUCAAAUUGCCACGUCACAAGUUCACGUUUCAAAAAAAUAUAUUUUUUGAAAAUUUUUCUGAUCACAAGUUGUUAUCUCAUUUUUUUCAAAAAAAAAAUCAUGACACCUGUCCCCCAAAAUUUUUCUCUCAUUUGCUCAUUUGAUCUACUCGACCUAACAAAAAGUGCCCCUAGUUUUUCUCUACCUCUUUCGCCACUCUCUCAAUCUCUCAUACUCUCUCAUCUUCCCUUCUAAUUUCAAAGAACAACCCACUUUUGCUAUACAUUUUGUUUCUUUUUGUUGUUGCUCCAGGGGAUCCCUUGGCAAAAAAGCAGAAAAAAAGAGGGGCGGAGUCAGGACUCCGCCCACUUUUUUUGUCUGAUGCAAUGCCGCGUUCAGAGACUAUCAUCUAAUGUAUUUUAUUAUAUAAAAAUCACAUUUUCUUUUCGAUUUUUCUAUAUUUAUGUAUUGUUAAAUGACUUCUUAUAACUUUUUUGUAUUUUUAAUUUUUUUUCAAAAAGUUCACGUAAAUCAUUUGCUCUUUGCAGAACUACAUAACAAUUAUGGAUCAAAAAAGCACGGCAUUCCACUCCAAACGCUCCCUUUACAUUUUCGGCUACGGAAGUCUCAUCUGGAAUCCGGGAUUCAAUUUCAACGCAAGCCGAAAAGCUUAUGCAAUCGGUUGGGUGCGCAGAAUGUAUCAAGGAAACACCUAUCACAGAGGCGAUCAGAAUUUGGUGAGUUAGGGCAACUUCAAGUUAGGGCAACUUCUUCUCCGAGCAAAGUACACUUUACUUUUUGUUCCAUUUUUUUGGAGCACAUGACCAACUAUACGAGUUUUCCCCCUCUCUGCUCAAAAACACAUGUGUGUUUUUUCCAAAGAAAAAGAGUGAGGCAUGAAAUUCAUGUGUGCUUUUUUUUCGAGAGGGAGACCCUUUAGCAUAGUAGUUUUCUGGGAAUUAUGAAAAAUGUAUGUGAUCUGGUUCGGGGAAUAAGAAAAUGAAAUCUUUGGACUAGAAUUCUCGGGAGAAACUUUAGAUUUGGCUAGGGGAGAGUUAGACUAACUUGUAGAGCUUGAAAAUCUCUACAAAAUCACCCACACCCCAAAAAAUAUCAAUCCAAAAUUUUCAGCCUGGCCGCGUUGCAACGCUCAUCCAAGAUUCGCACUCCGCCACCAACGGCAUCGUCUUCCGCGUCGACGGCACUGCCGCAAUCCACAAAACCCUCCGCUAUCUCGAAGAACGCGAAUGCGAUAACGGAUAUGUCUUCCGCAUGGUUCCAAUCCGCGUCGAAUCAAGUUCAAGAAUAAUUAUGGCCCUCACUUGCGUAGCAGACAUGAAAAAUGAAUUAUACCUGGGUCCAGAUGAUGUGCGAAAAAUGGCGCAUGAAAUCACAAAAGCCAAAGGUUGCGCUGGACCAAAUUGCGAAUAUGUGCUGAAAUUGGCUGAAAAUGUUCGACGACUAUUUCCGGAUGAUGAAGAUGAGCAUUUAUAUCAACUCGAACAUCACAUCAAAAUCGCCAAAGUUAUUAAUUAA